UCACAGUAUAUAAAACUUGAUCGAAUUGUUCUUAAUCUCACUUAUCUUGAAAUUUGCUUUCUCAAGUGACCAUUCACCUACAAAAUAUAGAUUGACAAAUCGAUUCUGAACGAAUCUCUGAUUAUUCUUCCAGUAUAUUCACCAUGGAUAACAACAAAACCGAAGUAUGCGUGCACGAGGGAAAAUUAAUUGGUACCAUAGAGAAAGGCGUCUAUGGCGACUAUUAUAUGUCCUUCCGAGGAAUACCAUAUGCAAAACCGCCUAUUGGAGAUCUCAGAUUCAAAGAUCCAGUGCCAGUGGAACCAUGGUCUGGUGAUAGAGACGCAACGAAACACGGAAAUAUAGCUAUUCAAAUGAACUUUUUUACAAACAAAGUUGAGGGCGAUGAAGAUUGCCUCUAUUUAAAUGUAUACACCACGAAAAUUGACCCAUCGGAAAAGCAUUCAGUGAUGGUAUGGAUACACGGUGGUGGCUAUUUUGCAGGUUCUGGUGAUACAGCUAGUUACGGUCCCGACUAUAUCAUGCAGAAAGAUAUAGUAUUAGUUACUCUAAAUUACAGAUUAGACGUUUUAGGUUUUUUGAACCUCAAUGAUAAAGUGGCAGCAGGCAAUCAAGGUUUGAAAGAUGUAGUAUUGGCUUUAAAAUGGGUAAAAAGAAAUAUAUCAAAGUUUGGCGGAGAUCCAGAAAAUGUUACUAUCUUCGGCGAAAGUGCUGGUGGAGGCAUUGUACAUUGUUUAGCUUUGUCUCCAACAACUAAAGGUUUAUUUCACAAAAUUAUCGCACAAAGCGGCGUUGCUACAAAUCCUUGGGCUUUAACUGAAUCGACAAACGAAGUAAUGAACAGAGGUUUUCAACUUGCUGAGAAACUUGGAAAGACAACAUCAGAUCCAAAAGUUGCAUAUGAGUUUCUAAAAAGUAUUAAUGCGAAAAAACUCAUAGAAUAUUCACAAAUGUUAUAUACUUCAGAAACUAUGAGAUUAAGUUUUAAUCUAUGCUUCACACCCAGUUGGGAUCACAAAUCGUUGGAUCCACUUUUUCCUGAACAUCCAAAAGAAUAUAUAAGCCGUGGAAUUCAAAUGCCUUUCCUUUUAGGAAUCACUCGUAACGAAGGAGUGUUUAUAUUACGAAGCGUAUUUUUCGGAGAUAUAAGCAAGGAACGACUAGAACAAGUAAAUGCUGAUUUUAAAAAAGCAAUAUUACCACAAGUACUAUCUAAAUUACCUGAAAUAGGAAUCACAGUUGAGGAAUUAAGAUCGUUGUAUUUUGGAAAAAAGAAAGUGUCAGAGGAAACUUUGACAAAUUAUUCGUAUUUCUUGGGAGAUGAAUUUUUUGUACGCGGCACAAUGGACGUGGUUCAAAUACAAAAAUCUACUGGUAGUUACAAGUCUACAUAUCUAUAUCAAUUCGAUUAUGACAGCGAUACUUCUUUUGUGAAGACGAUAUUAAAUGUUGGGCUUCCAGGAGUGUGCCAUUCUGAGGACUUAGGUUUCUUAUUUUGCCCAGAAAUGAGAACAAAAUUUAAUUUGUCGCCACCUAAACCUGGUUCAGAAGAUUAUAAAAUGAUAAAUCAUCUAAUACAAAUGUGGACAGAUUUUGCCAAAACAGGGAAUCCAACGCCUACUACAAAUUUAUGGUUACCAUUAACUUGUCCAGAAGACGAAAACUACAAUUAUCUAAGUAUUGAUAAGAAGUCACAAAUGAAAAUCUUUCGUAAAGGAAAGGAACGCUGGGAUUGGGAAAAUUAUAAUAAAAAUUAAUAACGUUCUAACUUUGCUAAAAUCUUA